AUGGCCAAAAUCCAUGGUCAGCAAAUAAGAGUCAUUGAGCCAAUAAGACCGGAGUACGCCGGCCCCAUCUACCGCAAGCUUGGCUACUCGGAGAGCCACAUCAAAGGCCUCGGCUUGGGGGACAUGGACUCCUCAGCUGCCUUUGGCGCUGAAAGGAUUCCUCUGGACCCCGGGUCGGAGCAGGAGCGCUCCCUCCCGCCCAUCACUCCAGACAACGUUUCGAGUGUGGCCUCGGACGACUACAAGAGGAAGAACAUGGAGUGUGGCCUGGUCCUCAGCUCCGUUUCCACGUGGGAGAUUGUUGACAAGAAGAAGGGUGAGACUCGUGGGGGCUACGUUUGCCGCCACUGUAAAGGAUUCUGGCGAAGUGGCAGAGGGGCCAGCCGUUUCCUUGUCAUCACGGGGGAGCACAAAGGGAAGUCUGCUCAGCUCCAGCUCAUCCUGGAUGAGCCCCCCCAGCACCUCUACGAGGCCUGGGUGAAGGACCGGAUCGAGUUCUACAAGAGGGUGGAGCCCACGGCGGCCCCUCGCGAUCGCUCCCUCCGAGUCAACCCCAGCCUCAGCUCCAGGCUCCGGUUCAGGAAGACGAACCUCAUGGGCCAGGUCUCCGACAUGAUCUGGUCGGUGGUGCUCUCUAACCCGGAGCGGGAUGGCCUCAAGAAGAUCCACGAGCUUGCGGCAUCCCGGGUCCGCCCGGCCUGA